CAUCAUUAGUUGACGAAUCUUAUUCAUCAUUCCGACAAGAUGCUUAUGAUUCUUUUCUUAAUACAGUUUUUCCAGUCACUUUUAUUAUCUUUUUUAAAGUUACAGAAAACUCUGGGCGAUUUAAGAAAGCUUUUUUGCCAAUACUGGAUGACAUAUUAUAUAAUAUAGUAACUUGGGUGAUUCCUCUUAUAGUUUCUUUCACUUAUAAUUUACAAGAAAUAAUGAUAUUUUCAAUUGCAAAUGCAAUUCCUCAUCUGACUUGCGCGUUAAUUGCAUUAAUACUACAAAAGACUAUUUUGGAGGUUAAAAAUUCGGAUUCGGAGGUUAAAAAUUCGUACUGGAUUAUAUUUCUUUCUAUAAAUAUUUUCCUGAUAAUUAUUCCGGCUUUAUUGAUUCCACUAUUCUGGAUCGUUUUUAUUAUAAAAAACCUAGAUUAUCGUUAUGAACCAAUUAAUUUAGCAUUCCUUACGUUAUUUGCAACGACGUUAGGUCUAGCAUUGCUUGUUUUUUUUCCUGUUUGGAUUCGUAAGGCGAGGAGUGAUGGUGUAGAUGAGGAAAAAUUUAAUUAUAUAUUUGGCUUGUUAGCUCUAUUCAAUUUUUAUUCUCCAAAUUUUCUGCAAACUUUAUUCAUUGUAUUGACGUGGCCAAUUAAUUUUUAUUUGGUCAAAUUAUGGGUCUUUACCCAGAUUCUGUCUUUAACAAGAAGUAUAUCUUACUAUGAUGUUAAGAAAAUACCAGAUGAUUUUUUAGCUACUUCAACUGCAACGACUCAAUGGAGAAUACAUGAAUUUAAAGCACGAAAGGAUAGACCAAUUAAUAAUGAAAUUAUACUAAAAAAUAUACUAAAAAAUAUAGUCAAAGACUUUAGUAAGGAAUAUAUGAAUGACGAUAAAAAUGAAGUAGCAGUAAAGGAUAUGCUACGUAAUGUUAUAAAAGAUAUAUUGAAUGAUAAUAAUGUUGAUAUAAGGAAUGAUGUUAACAGCGUAGAGAUAAGUGACGAUGUUAAUAACCUAGAGAUAGGAAAUGAUGUUUAA